GCACACACAUGCAUGGUGUGCCUAUACUAAUCCACCUCUUUGUCUGAUGAUGGGACGGGCACCCGGCCCAGCCCGGCCCGCUUUUUUCGCUUUGCUCUAGUCGUCUGCUCCGCCCCUGGGUGCUCGACAGUUUAACAACCUGCAUUUCUUGAGUUAGUAUCGCCCGCCUUGCGAAGACGAGAUCAACCUUGCAGCGCAGAGAAUCAUGCCGGCGACGGUGGCCAUCACGUUGGACCUGGGAUGCUGCCGCUGCAAAACCAAGAUCCACAAGAUCCUCUGCUGCCUCCAACAACGGUGCGGGUUCGUCUUCGACAAGGUGGUGUACGACAAGGACAAGGUGCUGGUUUCGGGGACCUUCGACGCCAUGGACCUCGUCUGCAAGCUCCGCUGCAAGGCCGGACAUUUCGCAACCAAAAUCGAGAUUGUGCCCCCGCCGCCGCCGAAAAAGGAUCCACCACCACCACCACCACAAACGGCGCCUGCUGCUGCCGUGGGGAGCCCCCAACAGCCCGUAGUAACGAGCAACAGGCCCGAUCCGCCACCAACGUGCACAAAAGCGCUCAUCCCGUACCCAUGCCCGUACCCGUAUCCGUACCCGCUCCCGUGCCCAAGUCCACAGCCGCGCUCCUGCCACUGCCACUCCUGCAAGCCGCCGCCAUGCCCGACACCACCACCACCACCACCACGGCCUUGUCCGACACCACCACCGCCAUGUCCGCCACCUGUGUCCGUGUGCAAGUGCCCAGCAUGGACGCCGUGCCAGUGCCGCGGCCACCCGUGGGUCGUCUGCUGCGAGGAGAACCUACAACCCGACGGCCCCUGCGCUGUCAUGUAACUGCAAACUGUUGCUGCAGAGGCGGGCGGGCGGGGACGGCAGCGGGUUGUUGCAACUGCAACCUCUCACGACCCUGCCAUUUCAUAUGCAUGUGUGCUAGUGCAUAAAAGAUCAGUGAAAGCGUCCCGUCAGAUGGACGGCUGCUUCUGCAUGCAGUUGCCAUUCAUCAGCUGCAGACCUGACUCGAGUGUGCGUGCAUGUGUCCUUGUUGUUGUUGUACAUGAAAAAAAAAGAAUAAAUUUAUACGUUUUGUCACUAGGCCCCUGCUAGCUGCCGAGUUCUGAUCCAGUUCCUCUUAUCAUGUAAUAUAUAUAAGGCCCAACAGAAAGCCAUCCAUAUGAUCCAAGUUGGUCCUGGUUUUGUGUUGGGUUUCCUGGCAAGUGGUUCUCUGAGAUUGAUUCCAUCUUA